UUUUGCAAUCUAUUUCGUUUUCACUCUUCAAUUUCCUUCAAAGCCUUGCGGCCGCAAAAUCUCUCACUUUAUCUUCGACAGCUUUAUCGAUCAAAAGUUUUUAUUUCUACGACGGUGAAAAAAACUGAAUAUUAUCAAAAUGACAACCUACUUUGAGUACCCAUCUGUAGAACUCCAAAAUGAACUUAGCAAGAUUGCUAAUGCCAUGGUAGCUGAUGGUAAAGGUUUGUUAGCUGCUGAUGAGUCAGUGUCAACCAUGGGGAAACGUCUUCAAGAUAUUGGAGUUGAAAAUACUGAAGAUAAUCGCCGUGCUUACAGACAAUUGUUAUUUACUGCUGAUGAACCUUUAAAUGAUCGUAUUUCUGGUGUAAUUUUAUUCCACGAAACUCUUUACCAAAAGACCGACGAUGGUGUACCUUUUGUUGAAAUUCUUAAAAACCGUUGCAUUAUCCCUGGAAUUAAAGUUGAUAUGGGUGUUGUGAACUUAUUUGGGUCUGAAGGAGAAACUACCACUCAAGGGUUGGAUGAUUUGGCUCAACGUUGUGCUCAGUAUAAAAAGGAUGGAUGUCAUUUUGCUAAGUGGCGUUCAGUCUUAAAGAUUGGAAAGAAUAUUCCUUCAUACCAAGCUAUCUUGGAAAAUGCUAAUGUAUUGGCUAGAUACGCUUCCAUCUGUCAAGCCAAUCGUAUUGUUCCAAUUGUAGAACCUGAGGUAUUAUGUGAUGGAGAUCACGAUUUGGAACGUUGCCAAAAAGUCACUGAAACUGUGCUGGCUGCAGUAUACAAAGCUUUAAAUGAUCACCAUGUGUACCUUGAAGGUACUAUUUUGAAGCCUAACAUGGUUACUCCUGGCCAAUCUGCUAGUAAAAAAGCUACACCUGAUGAAAUCGCCAAAGCCACAGUAACUGCUCUUCAACGCACUGUCCCUCCAGCAGUUCCUGGAAUUAUGUUUUUGUCUGGUGGUCAAACUGAGGAAGAAGCAUCCGUGAAUUUGAAUGCGAUUAACAAGUAUAAUGCCAAGAAACCAUGGGCAUUGAGCUUCAGUUAUGGGCGUGCUCUGCAAGCUUCAGUUUUAAAAGCAUGGCAAGGAAAGAAAGAAAAUGUUAAAACUGCUCAAGAUGAACUUCUUAAGAGAGCUUUGGCAAACAAACUAUCAGCUCUGGGCAAAUACGAAGCUGGUUCUGUACAAACAGCUGCUGGUUCUCAAGGACUAUUUGUUAAAGAUCAUGCCUAUUAAGCAACAAACUAAAUUUUCAUUAAUAUUAUAAAAUUUAUACAUUUUAAGUCAGUUACCAAAUUAUGAACACUUAUUAUAGUAACAGCUUUUCUUCAUGUUUUUAUGUCAUUGUUAGAAUUUGUCAAUAUUAAAAAUAUAUAUUUGAAUACUAUUAUUAUA